UUUACCCGAUUUUUAACAGAUUAUACUAUUCCAGAACCCUUAGUCGAGCCAUGUUACGUCGGAGACCUUGAAUGCCUGAAAAGAUCCACGGAGUUGUUUUUAAGGCAAACCUAUAACGGAAUACCCGCCUUAAACAUAUUGCCUAUUGACCCUAUAUACAUACCUGCACUGGACGUUCCAUUCCAGGGUGAUAAUUUGGUGUACUUCAAUAAAAAUAUUAUUGUGACGGGGUUGAGACAUCAAACGUUGGAGAGGCUUAAAAUGGAUCUCAGUACUGGUUCGGUAGUGCUCACGACAUCUGCCGAUGUGAACGUAGAAGGCGAUAUCAAUCAGGUGUCCCGCAAUCUGGGAAGGAGCGCGGCGGGACAUUUCUGGACACAUGGACGUGUGUUGGCUACAUCAUCAUACAGUUACACUCUUCAAAGGGAUGCCAUGGGAGUAGAACAUUACGUAGUCGGCCCCGAAACGAACUCCUGCCAACUUAUCGGCACUCCGACAGUUUCGUUCAGUUGCAAUGAUGCAUCUUGCCCAGAGGAGGUAAAACAGCUGUGGAAAACGAAUUUCUGCAAAAUAGUAGAGAAAGCGUACGCCACUGUCGUUCACAACAUCAGGGCGGCUGCUGAAGUCCUGCCUGCGACAGCUUUCUUUAAAAACCCUCAUGGAAAAUGA